AUGGAUAAAGAUAACGACACAGAUUCAAGCUAUAUCAAAGAGAGAAUAGAUUCCUUGAAUCUGAUUGAUGCAAAGGUAGCAACAUUUUUAGAUAAUUUGUCGAAACUUUUCAAAACAUACUGUGAUCCUGACCACAACGACUCAACAAAAUCAAAGGAUAAAUUUUCAGCGGAAGUUAAGGACAUAUAUGGAACCAUAAGUAACGUUGCAAUUGAAUUGAGGAAGGAAGUUAAACUUAUGGAUGAUAAUAUCGGUGUCUAUGAUAGAAAUAAGGAUGGGGUGAUGAUUCUCCCAAUAAAAGUCGACCAAAGGAAUACGUCACUAGGAAAAGAAAAGCUUAAGGAGGAGUUACAGGAACUUUCAACACUUCUUGGUGAUGAAACUUCUUAUGCUGUUAAGCAAGAAGCCACUAGUCCUAAAGCAAACAUACAAUCAAAUCGUUCACCUGACAAAGAUAAGAGCAAUAUUGAAAACGAUAACGACGUAGAAAUGAUUCCUUCAGAUUAG